AUGACCCAAAGUCACGAAUCUUCAAAAUAUUACUCUAUCUACUCUUUCUCUCUCUCUUUCUCUACUCUAUCUAUCUAUCUAUCUAUCUAUCUAUCUAUCUAUCUAUCUAUCUACUCUUUCUCUCUCACUAUCUACAUUUUCUCUCUAUCUAUCUAUCUAUCUAUCUAUCUAUCUAUCUAUCUAUCUAUCUAUCUACUCUUUCUUUCUCUUUCUCUCUAUCUACUCUUUUUCUCUAUAUAUCUACUCUUUUCUUUCUUUCUCUCUCUCUCUGAGGUAGAAGAAAAAGAAACAAGGGCGGUGUCAAAAAAGAAGAAGUUUUUUUCUUAUAUUAUCAAUACUCUUUUUCUUUUCUUCUUUCUCUUCGCUUUAUUUUCUUUUUCUUCUUUCUUUUCUAUUCUUCCUCUUCUCUUCGCCUUCUUCCACUUCCUCUUCUUUUUUAUUCCUCUCUUUUUCCUUCUUCUUCUUCAUCAUCAUCAUCUUUUUCUUGUCUUCUUCUUUCUCGUUGCUUUAUUUUCUUCUUCCCUUUUUCUCGUCGCCUUCUUACCUUACACCCUUCUUUCUCAUUACUGUUCUUUCCUUCCUCUUCCUCUUUCUCUUUCUCUUCGCUUUAUUUUCUUUCCCCACUUCUUUCUUUUCCAUUUCUCAUCCUCUCUUCGUCUUCUUCCACUUCCUCUCUUUUUUCCUUCUUCACCUUCUUCUUUUCCUUUUCUUUCUGUUCGAUUUAUUUUCUUCUUCAUCUUUCUUUUCUCUCUCUCUGCCUUCUUACCUACUUUCUCAUUCUUCUUCUUUUUCUUCAUCAUCAUCUUUCUGAUUACUCUUCUUUACUUCUUCUUCUUCUUCUUCUUCUUCUUUCUUUUCUCUUCUUCUUCGUUAUAUUCGCUUUGGUUUCUUCUUCCACUCUUCGCCUUAUUCACCAUUCCUUUCUUUCUCUUUACGUUCUUUACUUCUUCCACCCCUUUCUCUUUACGUUCUUUACUUCUUCCACCCCUUUCUCUUCGCUUUAUUUUCUUCUUCUUCUUCUUCUUCUUCUUCUUCUUCUUCUUCUUCUUCUUCUUCUUCUUCUUCAUCUUCCUUCAAAUGUGUGGCGCCCAGUGA